AUGUCAUUUCAGUUUAAUUUCAGCGUUGAAGAAGAUGAAGCGGAAUGUACUGGACUUUCAGACCUCCAACGCAAAAGGGAGACACCAGAGGAUAGUACACACCGCUCAGAAGACAAAGAAGUACAGCUAAAAUUAUCCACUAAGAAUAAAGAGACGGGGAUAGAACAGAAUUCCUCUCUUAGUAAGAGUGACAUUUUAAAUAGUAGCAGUACAGGCAAGGAUUGUAAAACUGAAGAAAAACCAGUUUGCUGUAAACCAGCAGUCGAGCACAAAAUCCCACAAGAUGUCAGCAGAGUGCUGGAAAAUAAGAUCGUUGAACAGAGCUCAGAUCUACAGUUCGUCAAUGUGUCUGUAGUGGAAAUGACAUUGUCUAAUGAAGAUUCACACGGUGAAAAUAUAGUGAGUAGAACUGUCACAGCGAACUCUGAUCUAAUUUCUGGGGUGUAUGAAGGCGGCAUGAAAAUUUGGGAGUGCACAUUCGAUCUCAUCAAAUAUAUUGAAGAUGAAGAUGUCAGCUUUAAGGGAAAAAGUGUCUUGGAUCUUGGCUGCGGGGCUGGUUUGUUGGGAAUUGUGGCCCUAAAGCGAAAAGCCAAAGAAGUGCAUUUCCAGGACUACAACAGCACAGUGAUAGAAGAGAUCACUAUUCCUAAUGCUCUGGUCAACUGUGACAGUGGUGAUGGAACUGGAAAUGUUACAGAAGAACCAAACAAAAAGAGAGUCAAGAAGUCAGAAACAUCUGCAGGGCUCUUGGACAAGUGCCGCUUCUUCUCUGGUGAUUGGUCACAUUUGACACUGUUAAUGCAAAAUCAAACGCCAUCUUUGAAAUAUGAUAUUAUUCUAACAUCGGAGACCAUCUAUAACCCUGAUUACUAUAGUGCUCUGCAUGAUCUCUUUCAGCAUCUAUUGGCUGACAGUGGGACUGUAUAUCUAGCUAGUAAGUCUCAUUACUUUGGUGUAGGAGGGGGUGUGCUUCUGUUUGAGACUUUUGUUAAACGGCACAACCUUUUCCACAUAAAUACCCUCAAGACACAUGAUGAUGGACUUCAAAGAAUGCUUUUGAGUUUGUCAUUUAAAGACCAAUAA